AUGGCGGAUUCUCGACCCGAUAUUCGAUCUGGCCGAGUGUGGUCUGAUCAAAUGGAUGAUCUUCCAUACGAUCGAGAUUCCGCUGGCAUAGAAACAAAGCCAGAUCUGGAAGCUGAAUACACCUCAGCUUCUAGCUCCUCGAACUCUAGCCCCGAUCUUCCCUCCUCGUCUAAGGCUCAGCCAGUUGCUGUGACUAAAGAGCCUCGAAGCGGUUACAGACAAUGCUGGGGAUUUUUGCCUCAUUGGAAGCGACUCCCGAUGGGAAUGAAAUGGCUUAUGCUUGUAUGCGGGUUGCUCGCCGUUGGAGCUGUUACAACUUGGUUCCUCGUCCCCCAUCUGAUAAGCAAGGCUCGCCUCGAAAAGGAAAGACUGGCAAAGCUCGAAGCCGCAAAGCUUAACACCGAGAAUGCCGUGCACCGACGUGCCUCGAUGGUGGCCCUGCCCGGCGACUCUUCCGAGACCUCUCUGUCUAUUGUCAUGCCGUCCCCUACCGUAACCACUCCGGUCUAUAUCUUCUCGGAUCCUGCACAAACGACCUUUUUGACCAAGGCCCGUGUCGCUAUGUCCACGGACGGCGUCGUCUCCCCAGUUUCCCCAGUUCCCUCUAUGGGAGUAAACUAA